AUGACCCUAAAUAAAACUAUACGCAUAGGAGUCGACGUCGGCGGCACCAACACCGACGCCGUCGCCAUAGACGUCGCCCUCGCUGCCCAAGGCGACUCUCAACGCGGAGUCAUCGCUUUCAAGAAAACCCCAACUACACCAGAUGCGACCGCUGGAAUUGAAACUGCUGUUAGAGCUGUCAUUGAGUCUGGCAACAUAGUUCCACAGCGGAUAGCGAGCAUCACCGUCGGCACAACACACUUUAUCAAUGCAGUCGUUGAGAGAGAUGCCCGGCGACUUCAAAAAGUCGGCGUCUUGAGACUGUCGCGUUCGUUUCUCCGAGAAGUGCCUCCAUUCUCGGACUUUCCGCCCGAUCUGGCGGCUAUCAUCAAGGGACAUUGCGGCAUCAUCGAUGGAGGCCUGCAUAUUGAUGGGUCUCAAGAAGCGCCCAUUAAAGAAGCUCAAGUGAUUGCUGAGUGUGAAAAGCUCAAGGCAGAGAAUCUCAAAGCAGUUGUAAUCGCUGGCGUCUUUUCCCCGAUUGAUGAGGUAUUCAAGCAAGAGAGCCGCGUCAGAGACAUCAUCCUAAGAGAAAUUCCAGGAAUUGAUGUCGUUUGCUCUCAUGAGGUCGCCAAUAUUGGCUUUCUUGAGCGGGAAAACGCCAGUAUUCUUAAUGCCGCCAUUCUCCAAUAUGCUCGAAAGACAAUGAAGAGGUUCAAUCAGGCCAAGAAGAAGCUCAACCUGACAUGUCCACUAUUCAUCACUCAGAACGACGGGACUACUCUUGAUGCUGCAGCAGCAGCUAGGAUACCGAUUAGGACUUUUGCAUCUGGAGCGACCAACUCGAUGAGGGGAGCUGCAUACUUGGCUGGGAUCGACGCUGGAGGCAACUCUUCGGCCAUCGUCGUGGAUAUCGGCGGAACUACAGCUGAUAUUGGUGUGAUUCUACCAAGCGGGCUUCCAAGACAAGCCUCUGCCUACGUCACAGUUGCCGGAGUGAGGGUGAAUUAUUCAAUGCCUCAUCUGCACUCCGUUGGACUUGGCGGGGGUUCACUUGUGCGCACUGUUGAUGGAAAAGUCAAGGUCGGCCCUGAGUCGGUUGGCCACUACCUUGUAGAAGAAGCUCUUGUGUUUGGUGGCAACACCUGCACGGCAUCUGAUAUCGCUGUCGCAUUGGGAAGAGCAGAUAUGGGUGAUAAGAGCAGACUCGCUGGACUGAAAACUGAGUUUGUCGAGUCUGCAAAAGACUGCAUCAAGACACUACUUGAUGGAGCUGUCGAUGUCAUAAAGACUUCAGCUGAUCCUCUUCCAGUUCUUCUGGUCGGAGGAGGUGCUGUGCUUGCACCAGAGGAUAUCUCAGGUGCUUCAAAGGUCAUCCUCCCGCCCUUCCACGAUGUUGCAAAUGCCAUUGGUGCUGCUAUAUCUCGCGUCAGUGGAGAUGUUGAUAUUGUUCAAAGCACAGCACACCAGACAGAGUCACAGGCUGUUGAGCGUGCGAAGACGAUGGCCGUUGAACGAGCUAUUCUAGCUGGUGCUAUCCCCGAAAGUAUAACCAUGGCGAAUGUAGAGAGUAUCCCGUUACAAUACGUGUCUCAUCAAGUUCGAACCAUUGUUAAAGCAGUGGGAGACGUCGACUUCAAGGGCUAUGUAUCUGAGUUGGAGCUCGAGGCUGUAGAUGAUGAUGACGAAGUUGGUGAUGAACCUGAGGGGCAAAAGAAUCGAGCUGUCAAGACUACAGAGGAUGUUCCCGUGGAUCCUUUUACAUACGCUCCGACCAUCAAGGUCAACGAUAAGGGCGUUCCUGAAUGGAUACUCAGUGAGACAGAUCUGGCUUGGCUGGCUGACGGGUGCUACGUACUCGGCUGCGCAGGUGGUGGCACUCCAGCUCCCAGCUUCAUCCAACUGCGGGAUAUAAUACGCCAAGGCCACACUAUUCGCAUCAUCGACCAGUCUUUCCUAAAAGAUGACGCCCUUAUCUACUGGGGCGGACACAUGGGAUCUCCUGCCGUGUCAGUAGAGCGACUACAGUCAACCGAGACAGUCGAAGCAUUCAAUGUGUUGAUGGAAUAUCUCGGCCAUAAGAGCAUUGACGCUGUCAUGGGAUUAGAAAUUGGUGGUGCCAAUGGCAUGGAGCCAAUGCUCGUCGGUUCCUCACGAUUCUUCAAUGCGCCUGUGAUUGACGGCGACUGGAUGGGCCGGGCAUAUCCUACAUACUGGCAGACUACACUCGCGGUACAUAAACCACUGGAACUUGUUCCUUGUGCCAUUGAUUCAGGCGACGGAAAGAGUAUCAUCAUGACUAGAGCACCAGAUGAUGAGAUUGUUGAUCGAGCAUUGAGAGCAUCAUGUUCCGAAAUGGGAAGCAGAGUCGGCAUGGCCGCUAAACCUACGACUACUGAGUAUGUGCGGAAAUAUGGCGUGCUGAAUACCUGUUCUCUCGCUUGGAGGAUAGGCAGAUGCAUUGCCCGGAGUGUCUACAGUAACCAGCUAUCAACAGUCGCAGAGUCGAUCAUCCAAGAGGCUGGUGGUUUGAAGUCAGCGAGGGUGCUAUUCCGUGGCAAAAUUGUUGAAGUCGAGAGGAGACUAUACAAGGGACACUCGCACGGCACUCUGCGUAUUGAAGCAUUCAAUGACCAAGAGGAUGGAGAAUCCGAGCGGAUGACACCUGUAGUCUCAGGAGGAACACUGCGCAUCCCAUUCAAGAACGAGAACAUUCUUGCUGAGCACACUACCGCCGACGGUUCUGAAACCAAGAUCAUCGCCUCUGUUCCUGAUCUUAUUGCUGUGCUAGACAAUGGAUCUGGUAAAGCAUUAGGUGUUCCAGAGUUCAAGUAUGGGUAUAGAGUAACUGUUUUGGGCAUUACGUGCUCACCGCAGUGGACGAGAACACCUUCUGGUAUUGAGAUUGGAGGGCCGAAGGCAUUUGGUUAUGACGAUGUUGUUUAUAAGCCUCUUGGGGAGUAUGUGGAGCCUGUGAGUGUGAUCAAGGAAUAUGCUUAA